AUGACCGUCGGCGUUCUGCUAGGAAACUUGGUCGACAAUGUCGGCCCGGCACUGCAAAAGGGGACAUUUGUUGGUGUAUCCAUCCCGAUUGCCAUUGGACUCCUGGUGAUGAUGUAUCCUAUCCUCUGCAAAGUGCGAUACGAGUCUCUGCACGAGCUUUUCUCCCACCGCGACAUCUGGAAGCAGAUUGGGUUCAGCAUCCUUGUGAAUUGGAUCGUUGCGCCUUUCCUGAUGCUCGCAUUAUCAUGGGCAUUCCUACCUGACAAGGAGGAACUGCGUGUCGGCCUCAUCCUCGUCGGCCUUGGCAGGUGCAUUGCCAUGGUGCUCAUCUGGACUGGCCUCGCCGGUGGCGAUAACGAGUACUGCGCCAUCUUGGUUGCCAUAAACUCCAUCCUCCAGAUGGUUCUCUUUGCUCCGCUGGCUGUCUUUUUUAUUCGCGUUAUUAGCGGCGAAUCUGGUGUGCGGGACGUCUCGUACGAGAUCGUCGCUACAAGCGUCGGAGUUUUUCUCGGGAUUCCCCUCGGUGCCGCCAUCCUUAGCCGUUUUACCCUCCGCUGGCUCGCUGGUCCCGUCUGGUUCGAGAAGGUCUUCCUGCGCUUCGCGGGCCCUUGGUCUUUAAUCGGUCUGCUGUACACUAUCCUGGUACUCUUUGCCAGCCAAGGCCACGCUGUGGUCCAUCAGAUUGUGUCGGUGCUGCGCGUGGCCGCGCCGCUGUUUGUGUAUUUCAUACUUAUCUUCAGCGUGACGCUGUACGUGACGUACCGUAUGGGCAUGGGCUACGCACUCGCUGCGACGCAGAGCUUCACAGCUGCGAGUAACAACUUCGAGCUCGCCAUCGCCGUCGCCGUGGCAACGUUCGGAGCUAACAGCGAUCAGGCGCUGGCGGCAACCGUCGGGCCGUUGAUUGAGGUGCCGGUAUUGAUUGGUUUGGUUUACGCCGUGCGGUGGGCUGGCAACCGGUGGGCGUGGAAGAACUGA